AACAAACAUUAAUUGGACUAAGUCUUUGUUACUUCAUUCUUCCAAACUUCAGACCAAAUCCCCAGAUACAUAUUCACAAAUCACAAGCCCACUUGCUAAUUCCUAGAGGUUUUUUCUAAUCAAAAUUUUUUUAAAAAAUAAUAAUAAAUAAAUAAAGGAUUUUAAAUCUCAGUAUGUUUAUAUACAUGGAAAAACUACGACUCUUGGUUCCAAGUCUCAGUCUUUGUCUUCCUUUUGUAUUUUCAGAAGCUUUACAAUUACAAGGAUAGAUGGAAAGGAUGAGAAUUUGUCUUCAUGGAGCUAUGCUUGGUUUGCUUUUACUUUGUUUUUCCUUACACGUUUCAGGAGAUCUCUUAACUGAUCCUCGUGAAGUGAAAGCAUUGAAAGCAGUUCGCCGCAAACUCAAAGAUCCAUACAAGAAUCUUUGGAAUUGGAAAAAGACAGACCCUUGCAUACCUGGAAAAGAAUGGAAUGGGGUUAUCUGUACCAGUCCUCAGGAUGACGAUGCUUAUCUUCAUGUUAAAGAAUUGCGGUUGCUGAAUAUGAAUCUCUCUGGAACAUUAUCUCCUCAACUUGGCCAAUUCCUUAAUAUAACUAUAUUAGAUUUUAUGAGGAAUAAUAUAAGCGGUAGCAUACCAAAGGAGAUAGGAAAUAUGAUUUCUUUGCAGCAUCUGCUAUUGAGUGGAAAUCAGAUAUCAGGCCCCCUACCAGAUGAGCUUGGUAACCUCAGUAACAUCGCUAAGUUUCAACUGGACGAAAAUUAUAUUUCAGGACCAUUUCCCAAGUCAUUUGCAUAUCUGCCCAAUUGCAAGCACUUCCACAUGAACAAUAAUUCAAUCAGUGGUCAGUUACCAGCUGAGCUUUCUGCAUUGCCGCAAAUGCAGCAUAUCCUGCUAGACAAUAACAACCUAUCAGGGUAUCUUCCUUCAGAGCUCUCCCAAAUGCCAAACUUGACGAUUCUCCAACUUGAUAAUAACAACUUCGAGGGAACAGAAAUUCCAGACUCUUAUAGAAACUUGUCAAAAUUGCUUAAACUGAGUCUUAAGAAUUGCAACUUGCAAGGGAAUGUUCCUGAUUUUAGCACUAUACCAGGUCUUCUUUACUUGGAUCUUAGUUCAAAUAAACUUAAUGGAAGUAUACCAGCAAACAAGCUUUCUGUUAAUAUCACAACCAUUAAUCUAUCAAACAAUAUGCUUAUUGGAUCUAUCCCCUCAAACUUCUCGGACCUUCCUAAUCUCCAGAGUUUGUCACUGGAAAACAAUCGGUUAACUGGUGAUGUUCCUACUAAUAUCUGGGAGGAUAUACCAUUCACCGCAAAUUGGACACUUACCUUAAAUUUUGAGCACAACUUUCUCGACAAUAUAUCAGACAGCUUAAAUCCUCCUCCCAAUGUCACCAUUUUGCUCCAGGGUAAUCCUGUUUGUUCGAAGGAAAAUGAACUAAACAUAUCCCGGUUCUGUGGGGAUGAAGAUGGAAAUCUUGUGGAGGCUCCUGGAAAAUCAACUACCUAUUCUGUUGACUGCAAAACUCAAUCCUGUCCGGUCGAUGGCUUCUAUGAAUAUGUCCCAGAUUCCCCCAUUUCUUGCUACUGUGCUGCACCUAUUGGAAUUUGGAUGCGGUUGAGAAGUCCUAGCUUUACGAUUUUUCGACCUUAUAUUAAUCUAUUUAUGGACUAUAUAACAUUCAAUGUAGGAAUUGAUCCCUAUCAACUAGUUAUUGGCAACUACAGCUGGCAAAAAGGUCCUAGACUUAAUCUGUUUCUGAAAUUCUUCCCCAAGUACAGGAAUGGUACCAGCCUAUUCAGUAAAGAAGAGGUCCAAUAUAUUUGUGACCAGUUUGCUAAAUUUCAAAUUAAAGGGAAUAAUUUAUUUGGACCAUAUGAUCUCAUCAAUUUUAGUCUCCAAGGAGAAUAUAACUACAUUAUUAUCAUGCUUCCAGGAUCAGGUAUGAGCAAAGGCCAAAUUGCUGGAAUUGUACUGGGAUCUAUCUCUUGUGCUGCUACUUUGCUUCUGGCAAUUGCAUUAAUUUACAAUAAAAAUCACCUUGGAUUUAAACAAAAAAUUUCGAAGAAGCGGUCUGUUCCAAAGAAUCCUAUCAAGUUUGAAGGUGUUAAAGGAUUUGGUUUUCAAGAGCUUGAAACAGCAACAGACAGCUUCAGUACUGCUUCCCAAGUUGGUCAAGGAGGCUAUGGAAAAGUUUACAAAGGGAUCCUAGCUGAUGGCACAAUUGUGGCAAUCAAACGUGCUCAACAAGGAUCCUUGCAGGGUGAGAAAGAAUUCUUAACCGAGAUCGAAAUGCUAUCGCGAUUGCAUCAUCGCAACCUGGUUUCAUUGGUUGGGUAUUGUGAUGAAGAUGGUGAGCAGAUGCUAGUAUAUGAGUUUCUGCCUAAUGGUUCACUUCACAGUCUUCUAGCUGCCAGAUUUCGAAGUAAUCUUACUUUUGCGAUGAGAUUGAGCAUUGCAUUGGACUCGGCCAAGGGAAUUCUCUACCUUCAUACGGAAGCUGAUCCUCCACUUAUACACCGCGACAUAAAAACAAACAACAUAUUGUUGGACUCCAAGUUUACCGCAAAAGUUUCAGACUUUGGAAUCUCAAAGCUUGCACCAGUAUCAGAUGGCAAAGAAAUGGGAACAGAGACAAUAUCCACAGCAGUGAAAGGCACGCCGGGGUACCUUGAUCCAGAAUACUUCUUAACUCACAAGUUAACAGAGAAGAGUGAUGUUUAUAGCCUUGGAAUUGUAUUUCUGGAGCUCUUGACAGGGAUGCCACCUAUUUCUCAUGGCAAAAACAUUGUUCGUGAGGUAACAGCAGCAUGUCAAUCAGGGAAGAUGCUCUCCAUUGUGGACAGGAACAUGGGACCAUACAUUCCAGAAUGCCUGAAGAAAUUCAUGGACUUAGCCAUCAAGUGUAGUAAGGACGAAACAGCCGCAAGGCCUUCAAUGUUGGAGGUAGUGAGAGAGUUAGAGAACAUAAUUUCAAUGGUUCCAGCUGCAAAAUCAUCAGAGUCCAAUAAUGAUAAUUCAUUAAUAUCUCCAAAUUCAAUGGAUGGAUCUUCCUCAGCUGGAACAUCAGGAAUUGAAAUGGGACAGCUCUAUUCUGAAAGAAACACAUAUGCUUUUUCAGAUUACACUGGAAGUAACCUUGUUAGUGGUGUCAUCCCCACCAUCAAACCUCGCUAAUCACUUUCACACCACUUUUAUCAACCUUAAAUUGGUUUUUCGUCACUUUUCUGCGAGUAGGCUUUAUUUAGUCACAAGGUUUAGUUAAGUUGUAUAUGUAUAUGCAUAUUUAUAUACAUACAAUACACACAUCAGCCGUUGCUACUUGUUUUUGGUUCUUUACAUUGGUAUAUCGUUAUUAAAGUAUGUAAAAACUUUAUAUACAAUCAAAUUAAUGUUCUUAAGUCAAUAGGUUGACUUACCACCA